UGUUGGUCUUGUUGUGCGACGCAAUGGACUACGCAAGAACCCAGGCCGCAGCAGCACUGCGCUCUCAUCUCAGCAUCGCCAUGACGGUCAGCAGGAUGGCAUGCAUGGCCGCUUUCGUGAUGACAACCGGAAUCGGCUGGAGAAGAUCUGCCGAUCCGGCCCACGCUAGACAGAGCAUCCGUCUAUACAGGAAGAGCGUCGCCGUCUGACAGGAAUGAGGCUCAACUCUCCAGCCUCCUCGAUUUGGUGGCCAAAACACCGAGCUUCGUUCGGCGACCUGUUGCAAACAUCAAAGCGGCACUCUCGGCUGUUGGCAGCUCACCAGUGGCACGACCGCGGCGGGACCGCGGAACGGAGCGUCGAAGGGCAGCUGACAGCCGCCUCUUUCCUCAGCGUGCCUGCAUCCAGCAGCAGCGGAAUUCCGCACUCUGUCCCCCACGCCCGAGUCGCCAUGAAGCUAUCCAACACACUCUUGUGAAGUGCUUACGGCUGCGGUCAGCAGGAGGCACCUCCGCCAUCGACACUGCCUCAGUUGAUACCCUCGCACCUGCUGUACAAGAGCCCUCAAAAUAUUCGACAGCCGCGGCAUGCUCGCCCACGUCAUGCCGUCCAUCACCACAAAGCUUCACCACGAGUCAGCAUUUCGAUCCAGAGCGCGAACAACAAGACCUGCCCGAAUGGAGCUCACCCCGGGCCACGCUACCUCCUAGGUUCUCCGCAGAAUGGACAUACACCACAAAGGUGUGCCGAGGAUAGCCAACCAGUUACGACCUUUGCCAGCCGACGAUACACUUCACCUAAGCAUUAUUCCCGAAGCCUAACCAGAUCUACCCGACCUGUUCUC